AUGACCGCCAAGAUGGCUGACAGAGCAGAGCUGCUGCUGGAGCUGAAGCAGAGAGUUUCACAGUGUAUAGAAGAAGCCAAAGCAAAGCUCCACACACUCAGUAAGGACAUAUGGAGCUGUCCGGAGCUGGCUUAUGAGGAAAGCCGCUCUCAUGACACACUGGUGGCGUUUUUCAGUCAGGAGGAGGGCUGGAAGGUCGACAGUCACUUCAAACUCCACACUGCGUUUCGAGCCACCUGGGGAGCCGGAGGCAGCGAGCAGGUCAACGUGGGUUUCCUGUGUGAGUACGACGCCCUGCCGGGGAUCGGACACGCGUGUGGACACAACCUGAUAGCUGAGGUUGGAGCUGCUGCGGCUCUGGGGCUCAAAGCUGUGCUGGAGGACACACACGGGAAGCUCCCUGUCCAGGUGACGGUGCUGGGCACCCCAGCCGAGGAGGAUGGUGGAGGUAAAAUUGACAUGCUAAGGGAGGGAGCAUUUGAAGGCCUUGAUGUGGUGUUCAUGGCCCACCCAUCAAAGGAGGAUGCCAUGUACCUGCCCUGUGUGGCUGAGCAUGAUGUAACCAUCAAGUAUCACGGUAAGGCGUCUCAUGCCUCAGCCUACCCAUGGGAGGGAAUCAAUGCGCUGGAUGCAGCUGUGCUGUGCUACAACAACCUGUCUGUGCUCAGACAGCAGAUGAAGCCAGACUGGAGAGUUCAUGGUAUCAUAAAGCACGGUGGCGUGAAACCAAACAUCAUCCCUGCCUACGCUGAGCUGGAGUACUAUCUGAGAACCCCUUCACGAGCUGAGCUUCACGUCCUGAAGGCGAAAGCUGAGAUGUGUUUUAGAUCAGCUGCCGUGGCAACUGGCUGUGAGGUCAAAGUAGAGUUUGCAAGAAAUAAAUAUGACAACAUGCUGCGCAAUGGUGUGCUAGAGGAGCUGUACGAGACAAACGGCAAGGCGCUGGGUAUGGACUUCACCACAGAUGAAGACGUUCUCAAGAAUGAAUCUGGCUCUACAGAUUUUGGCAAUGUGACAUUUGCAGUUCCUGGCAUCCAUCCGUACUUCUACAUCGGUUCUAAUGCUUUGAACCACACAGAGGAAUACACUGUUGCUGCUGGCGAUGACAGAGCUCAGUUCUUCACCCUGAGGACGGCAAAGGCUCUGGCCAUGACGGCCCUGGAUGUGCUGCUGAAUCCGGAGCUGCUGCAGAGAGUGAAGCAAGAGUUCACUGAGGCCAAACUGAAGGAGGACGGGACGCUGACAGGAGAGCACACAGAGCUGUCUGAUAAACACUGAUGAUCCUCCCUGCACACUGACUGCACUGAAGAGUCAGGAAAACCCAUUGUUGUCAGGGGAUGAAGAAUAAUAGUGAUAGUUGAUUCAUUGAUUUGACAUCUUGAAGUACAUCUCACUGGGUCGAGAUCUGUGCUCAAACUGCUGGUGUGUUUCAUGCAGGGAUACUCCCAUACCGAUGAUACGUGGGGACAAGAUAUCAUAUCUGCUUUGUUCAGUUCAGUUUAAACAUUAAGUAUUUUGUCUUGGCACUAAAAUCUGAGGUCAAAAAAGAUGCAAAUCAUUUUGAUCUGUUCUUAUUACGCUUCAAACUACAUAACAACUUUUUGGAAUCAGGAUUAAACUUUUGUCUCUAGAACAUUUAUUUCUGCUGCUGUCAUGAUCCAUAAUACAUGUGUAGGCUUUGGUAGAUCUUUGUUAUUUAGAGUACAAAUAACCUAAAUGUAGCAUUAACACUAUUAUCACAGUAUGUAAAGUGAAACACUCCUUCAUUCCAGUUAUCAGCUUUAUAUAGCCUACAGGCAAAAAAGUGUUCUUUCUUUAGAGUGACAGGUAACAUCUGCAGAGGGACACCUGAUGAAAACUCUGCUGCUCUUACAGCAAUGUGUAUUAAUAUGCACCGUCACUGUUUAAUAAAUAGAACGCCACAAUGUAAGAAUCCUCUACUAGAACUAAAAGUCCUGCACUAAGUGUUACCAACUUAAUGUAAUGUGCUGGGGCAUAUUGUGGCACACAUGAAGAAGAACUAUGGGAAAUAAAAUGAGUGAUGUUUCAAUGACCACACCUCUGUAAUACUAUUACACCCACUGUUAUUGAGUGUGACUGUGAGUAACUGUUUUACACCCAGGUGUCAGAAAAGUGUGAUGGUACUUUUAUCUUUGCGUUGGGUUUGGGGCUUCAUGUGUAUUCACUUGAUACACAGACAGGAUGUCUGGUGACUCCAGAGAGAGCCACCUUAAAUGUAUGUUUUCUGCAUUAAAGUGAAAAAGUCGGCACUGGAAGUUUGGCGGUAUAGUGACUCCUCACAGAGCGAUCUACUGCAGCUGCUCUGAUGGGUCACAGAACACAGUAAUUGAUAGUAAAUCAUAAUGUUAGAUAAGGCCAAUUUCAAUGUUAGUAGUAAGUACCAGAAUUAUCCAUUAAAAAUAACACUAUCAUAGAUAUUAAAGAAGCAGCCUGAAAUCAGCCUUUAUUUCAAAACCUUGUAG